AUGAGCAAGAGGAGAUCGUACCGAGUAUUUCUCUCAGACGAUGAAGAAGAAGAAGAUAAGUUCUACAAGCUCAAGGUUCUUUUACCAAACAGCACAAGUGUGACACUCGCACUUACCAACCCCGAGUCCGAAAUGCCAAUGGAGAAUUUUGUAAAUCUGGUGAUAAAAGAGUACGAGAAAUGUCGUCAAACCUUUGAAUUGUCGGGUAAGAAGAGGAAGCAGGUUGAUUGGAAUCGAGCUGUUGGUUCGUAUCUCGACUUUAACGGUGACAAGAUUAGUGGCAUCGUUAGAUUUGAGAUGUUUAAGCCUGAUGUGUGCAAUAUAAUACGUCUCUUUGAUGGAUCUGGUGAAGCUUCCAUUUUGUAUGAGAAUAUGUGGGAUUUGACACCAGACACUGAUUUGUUGAAAUAUCGACAUGAAAACUAUUGCUUUGACACAGCUUUUGCGGAUCUGAUUGCCUUGUGGCCCAGUGGUAAAGGGGUCACUGCUGUGACUUCCGCCAUUUGGGUUCAAGUCCCCUUGGCCACCUGGACUGCCUUAAUGGAUAAUUCUUUGCAAGCUGUGUGGUCUUGUUCCCCUGGUGAACAACGACUGAUCAGCGUGGAUGUUCGCAAAGAUCGGAUUUCAAUCUUCGAUUCUGGUCCUGGAAUGGACAGCAGUGAGGAAAAUUCCAUUGCUAAAUGGGGGACACUAGGAGCUUCGGUACAUCGGUCUCAUAAAUCCAAAGGGCUCGGAGGAAAUCCACCAUACCUAACGCCCGUCUUUGGGACGUUUGGAUGCGGAGGUGCAUACUCUUGUAUGCAUUUAGGAAGGCGUACUAUGGUGUCUUCGAAAACCAAACUGUCUAAAAUGGUUUUCACGUUGCAAUUGAACGAAGAUGAAUUGAUUGCCCGUCAUCUUAUCUCUGCGACAAAUUGGAAGGUUGAUGGUGGAAUGAGGGAUCCUUUAGAGGAGGAAAGUAUGCUAUCGCCACAUGGAAGUUUUACAAAAGUUGAGAUAUUUGAACCAAGAUGUGAUAUCCCGGAGAUUAAUCAACUUCGGUGGAGACUUAAGGAUAUUUAUUUUCCUUAUAUCCAGAAUGAUGAAAUCUCCAAAACGGGGAGGACUGUAAGGCCUGUAGGGUUUAAGGUUAAUGGAGUGGAUUUAGCUGAGGUAUUGGGUGGAGAGGUUGCCACUACCAACCUAAACUCCAGGGGUGAAGAAUUCUCGUUUCAGAUUCGUUUCACCGAGAAAAGAGAAGGGACAUCACAAGAGGCAAAUGCUCGGCUCAAGUUUGUUUAUUUUCCAGUCAUACAGGGAAAAGAGAGCAAUGAUAUCAUUUUGGAGAGCUUAGAAAAGGAAGGGUUCCAAGUUUCUGAAAGCUUCACAACUUUUGGUCGUGUUUCCGUAAGAAGGCUUGGUCGUCUACUCCCAGAAGUCCCUUGGGUAUCAAUUCCGUUUAUGGAUAGAGGAGCCAACGCCUCUACUUUGCAGAGAUGUUGCCAAAGAGUGAAAUGUUUUGUCGAUUUGGAUGCUGGUUUUACCCCAAGUCCUUCAAAAAAUGAUCUUGCAAGCCAAAACCACUUCUCUGUGGCUCUAAGAAACUUUGGUAGUAGAUCCAAGGAGAAGGAUAACGAUGUCAGUAUCUUGAUUCAUAGAGUAGGAAUAUUAUUGAGUUAUGCGGAAGUGGAACAGAGUUAUCAGGAAUGGGUUCUUAACAUGCAUACGAGCUACGAUCAAGAACAUGCAUCAGGUGAAGAUGACGCAAUCGUUAUUUUUCAUUCCUUGGAUAACAAGUCUCUUGGCAUUUCGCCUGAUUGUAAAGCUGUGAGAUUGCACAAUGUAGUGAAGAGAAAAGGAACGUCAUGGGAACGUGGACAGAAGAUCAGGAUUCUGAAAGGAGCAUGUUCAGGUCCUCACAAGAGCGAUGUCUACGCCACUAUUGACUAUUUCAUUAUAGAAAAAUUCGAGGACGAGACUAGAGGUGAUGCCAAGAUUAUAUGCAGGUGA